AAGGAGCCCUCACUGAUGAUUCUGAAUGCCAGCCUCAGCGGGAGCACACCAGAGGGCAGGAGCAGGGGGUUGCCAACCACUGGGGGAAGAGGCAGCAGGCAAGGCACCUGAGGUUUUGAGGCCCAGGGGGGCAAAAGGGAAGCUGAGCUGGCCUGGCUGUGAAAGAUGAAAGAUGGAGUGGCCAGGCCCUCCUCCAACUAAGCCCAUCCCUCCAUCCCUGUGCAUAGGGGCUGACUCAGCCCAUUCUCAGGCCCAGAACCUUCCCUCUGCUAGACCCAGGGGCCUUUGUCCCCGUAGUCAUGAGGUCUGAUGGGGGGUGGGGACAGUGUUGAUAAAAGGCACUACAAGCAGCUCCCACACCCUUCUCAGAGCUGCUGGUAACAUGCAGCCCCGGGCACAGCCCCUAGCCCAGGCCCUACCAUUCUCCCUCGGAGGGGCCCUUCGAGACACUGGGCUCCGGGUGCCUGUCAUGAAGAUGAGCACAGGGUGGGAGGGCCUGCGGCGGACCCUGAAGGAAGUCGCCUACAUCCUCCUCUGCUGCUGGUGUAUCAAGGAGCUGCUGGAUUAAUGGCGGCAGGGAACUGCCUCCUCCCCACCGGCAGCAUGGCUGGCAUCACUCAGUGCCCAGCCCAACCCCCAUCAAGACUCCUGGGGCCAGCCGUGCCUGACCAAGGAUGGGCCACAAACACCGAGUGAAGUGCGGAUCCUGCUUUGAGUUUGUGCCAUCUGUCAGACCUGCCUCGUCUCUGGGCCUCCAUUCCCAGCCCCCACCUCUGGCGGCCCUCUGGUGCACAGGAGCUUGGUCUGCUGGCUAGGACCCCAGUAAGACUGCAGCCGGACCGGGCACUCCUCCAAGCCUGGCACAGUGAGCCCACCAGCCCAGAUGGUUGAUCUUACCAUACCCUUUUAGUGCCAGAAAUGGGCUGCUCCCUAAUAUCUCCAUUUGAGAAUCACUGAACUAUAUGUAUAAUAAAGAGGCCUUGAGGCCAAAAGUUCUAAA